UUGCGCAAAUAAAUUCUUAUUUUGAGAUGAACACUGAGUAUUCAUUUACAAAUCUGGUUUUUAAAAAUACCUUAUGUUAGUUGUUGUUAAACUGAUAUUCAUGCUGUUUUACUUGAGUGAUCUGUAUUCUUUUAAGUCAUCAUUCCAUUGAAGAGUUAACACUCUUCAAGCAAUUAUAGUAAAUUAUGGUGGAAAACGGUGCCUCGAGUGGUGGCAGUGAUAGUCCUAGUGCAACAUGUGUUCGUUCUGGUCUUCUAGAGACGUUAGUCCGUGGUGUUUGGUAUCGCGUUCAUUGUUCAUUAGAAGACGAUUACCUGAGCGUCUGUCUCGAUGAUGGGUAUGAUGCGACAACGACUUUGAAUGGCACUCUGAACAACAACAACGUCGAAACUCCGAACAGCGACUUCGCAGAGGUACCCGAAGCAAUUGCAAACCAAAAACGUUUAGUACAAGUUGUGAAAUCGGACAACAACGGGCUUGGUAUAUCAAUAAAAGGUGGAAUCGAAAAUAACAUGCCAAUAUUGAUAUCAAAAAUAUUCAAGGGUAUGGCAGCUGACUUGACUGAACAGUUGUAUGUUGGUGAUGCUAUAUUGUCUGUAAACGGUGAGGAUCUCAAAGAUGCGACACACGAAGAAGCUGUAAAGGCAUUGAAGAGAGCUGGAAAAAUGGUACAACUGGAAGUGAAAUAUCUCCGUGAAGUGACACCAUACUUUCGUAAAGCAUCUAUUAUAAGUGAAGUUGGAUGGGAGUUACAACGUGGGUAUAUGGCAGACACACCACCGUCGCCACCAUCUCCACGUCGUCGACGGGCAGACACUCGUUAUGUACCACUGUUAAUGGCAUGCGUUGCCAAGAAUCUCCGUCAUAAUGACCCAGAGGACCGCACAAUCGAAAUAUAUUCACCGGACGGCGUCCACGCAUUAGCAUUACGAGCCAGCUCAGCGGCCACAGCGUCAGGCUGGCAUCGCGCGCUACAUGCAGCCGCACGUCGGGCUGCACGCGCCGCUCUUGCUCGCGCCAGGCCGAGACUUCGCCCUCUUGUAGGCGAUGUGCGAUAUGCUGGUUGGAUGGCAAGGCGCCCACCGCAAGAUCAUAUGAGCGCUUCAGGAGGGUCUGACAGCUCCGACGAGACUGAAGGCUGGCAGCCAACAUUCGUUGCAAUCACAGACAGAGAGUUAAGGCUGUACGAGGCGGCGCCGUGGUCGGCGGAGGCAUGGUGCGCGCCGGCGGAGAGCCUGCGGCUGGCGGCGACGCGGCUUGCCUGGUGGCGGCGAGCUGGGGCGGGCGGGGCAGCGGCGCUGGGGCUGCGGGCCGGGUGCGUGGACGGGCUGGUGCAGCGAGCCCUGCGCGCGGACUCGCCGCACGACCUGGCGGCCGCCGCGUCCGCGCUGGUGGAGGGGGCGCACGCGGCGGUGCGAGCGCAGCCCGAGUUCACGUUCCGCUGCUCGGUGGGCGGGGCGGCGGCGCGGCUGGCGCUGGGGGCGGCGGGCGUGUGCGUGUGGGAGGCGGCGGGCUCGCUGGGCCGCGCGCUGUACCGCCGCCCGCUGCACGCACUCCGCGCUUCCGCUGAUGACGACAACAACAAACUCUGGCUGCACUUCGCUGACGAUGACACGUUGGAGCUGGAAAUGGACGGUAGCCCGAAGCCGGCUGUGUUCAUUCUGCACAAUUUGCUGUCGGCUCGCGUCCACUCGCUGCCGGGAGAUCCGACACCGAACCCGCUAUAACCCGAACAAUUUCAAGAAGG